UGAGUUGCUCAUGCGCAUUUUCGCCACAGGAACCCAUGCCAUGGGGCCCAUGACAAUCAGAUGAUAGAACAAAACAUGCAGACAUGUGUCGAAUGCUGUCAGUCUGUCAACAGCAGGCGAGUUUGCAAGACGUAGGAAGAAGUUUAAUUAGGUUCAGUUUCUAGCUAAAUUUCACCACAAUGAAGCUCUUUCUUGUAUUCGUAAGCCUUGCUAUCACAGCAUUUAGCUAUUCUGUUGCUGAUUUACCGCCAUAUUGCGGUGUGGAUAUCGAGGAAUACCCAAAAGCUGAAGGAACGCUUCGACAAGUUCAUCUGGUUACGAGGUAUCAAAUUAUGUUUUUAAAUUGUUUAUCGCUCGGUUUAUCACAAUUAGUUGUUUACGACUUGGAAAUAUCUGGGGAAGUAUUUGAAUGCGUUAUCUUUUAGAUUUUAGCCAGAAGGUUAAUGUUUUAAGAUGCAAAAAUUUUGAAUGAAGAAUUUUCUCCCGAGCAAACAAUUUUGCAAUCUUACAGUAUUUAUAAAUGAUUUAAAUCCAGGAUGUUGUGCAAUGCAAUGCAAUGCAAUAUGGCAAUGUAAAACGUAUGACGUUUUUAUUUUGAGAUACUCAUAAUAGGCCUAAAAUUGUGGCAUCACAAUUGUUGUCAGAUGUAUACAGAUUCAAAACACACCCAUUCUGAAUAUUAAUUUCAACCAGCAUGCAACCAGUACUGUAUAAGACCGUAUAAACAAUUAGCUAAUUCUACAACAACAUUAUUCUUGCACCAGUUUUUUUGCAAAUAUGGUUGGCACUUUGCUCCAGCAAAUUGAGCACACAUGAACGCUCAGUUUGACAAUAAAUAUGAAGGUCAGAUAAAAAAUCAAACCUUGAACCUUUGUCUGCAUGUUUGAGUAUAAAGGUCAGGUGCGCAACCAAUCACAAUUAUCUCGGAGAGAUUCAAAGGGCAAGGUAGCCUGGAAAACAGACGUUUUUUUCGCAAAACUUCUCCCACUGUGAAAGAAAUUAUAAUGAUAUCUUGCUUAACCCAUUGAGCAUGGUCAUCGCUCUCCCGUUGAUGAUUAGUAGGGCAUAUUGUAGUACAGUGCAAGUAGAUAAAGUGGGGCAUAUUGGAGUACAGUGCAACUUACUGGGUUAUGACUAACUUUGCUUAGGCAAUUUGCAAAUCAACAUUGCAAUGUUGUGUUGUGUUGCAAUUCUAUGUUUGCAAUCAUGUGACUUUUCAUCCAAAUGAUGGGUAAUCAAACAACCUGUGGACGAUUUUUCCCCUAUCAGAAUGACCAGUUGUAGCAAGAAAAACUGAACGGUAAUUCAUCUUUUGAGUCUUAAACUGUCUCUAAACUUGAUCAAUGCAUUAAAAUAGCUGUUGUUUGUUAUACCUGCCCAUCACAAACAAAUUCCCAAUUUGAUAAUAAACCUAGCUUGGUGAACCUAUUGCUUCCUAGGCAUGGAGAUCGUAUUCAGGCAAGUGCUGGACAGUGUUGGAAAGGUGAUGAACACACAUGGGAUUGUCUUUUGACUGAGGCUACUGUGCCGACCAUCAACCGUGAUCAACAUUACCUUCGUGUGGAAAGAUUAUAUAGAAAAGGUUAAGGAUAGACUUAUAAUUAUUUUUUUGUAGUGCAACAAUAGACAAUAAAAUGAAAAUGCAACUGAAAAUUCCUUCAACAAUUGGAAAAUAUACAGACAGUAUAUCUUCCUGCUUUAUUGUUUCAGUUCAUUUCUUCAGGAUACAUUAUUUAAUUAUACCAUUGUUUGUUUUACUUUUAAGAAUCAAAAUGUUUUUUUAAUUAAGUUUAUUAUUGCAUCACCAAUUAAAUUACAUGUGCAGUAUUUUUAAUAUAACAUUCAAAAACAGCAAAUGUGAUGCCUAUAUAUAUAACAUACAUUUUAUUUCCUUUCACUUGGGGAGAGGGGUGUGCCCAUAUGUGGAUUUCCAUAUGUGCAUGACUGUGACUCCAAAAUAUAUAAAAGAAAUCAUAAAUAUUUGCAUAUAGGCAUGUGCAUUUUUUUGUCAGGAAAUACUGGGCAUGAGCAGAUGGUAUGAAUGAACUCUUAACCAUAUAAACCUUAAUCCUAGAUGUAAUUAUUAAACCCUAAUAUAACCAUAAUUAUAUAAGCUAUAGAUGAGGAUCUUGACUGAUCUGGAUCAAGUCUGACACCCACCUUGACGUCCUCUAUGUUAAUUUAUAGUGUUUUAUACUGGUCGUGAAGAAGUACCUGGCAACUGUGCCUUGGGUCAACUGACAAGUGUUGGUUUCAAACAACAGCUUGAUAAUGGAGAGAAUUACAGAAAGGUUUAUGUUGACAGUGGAUUCUUGUUAAAAAAUUUCUCCUCUGUUGAACAUCGUGUUCGCAGUACUGGUGAGUAUUUGACUCGAAGUAGAAGUGUAAUGUUUAUCUGCAAUUUUACACCAAUUUACCAAGGCCCUGUUAGGACAAAUUCUAACAGGUAAGACCCUGUGUUGAAAUAACACAAUAUAGUGAAUAGAAAUAUAGCAACAUACAUAUGAUUUAUAUAUUUGACCAAUAGAGAUCAUAGAUAUCUUAUAGAGAGAUCAUAGAUAUCUUAUAUACACUAGAUAGCACAUCUCUUUUAGUAAAAUAGAAGCCAAGAAUAUUCCAGCGGUUACCCCCAUUUGAAUAGAUGGCGGCCAUGUUGGUCAUUUCCACUCGCUAAUAAACACUUAAAAACAACAAUAACUUUCAUCAUUUGAAUACUUUAAAAAUGUAUUUGGAAUAGGGUUAACUUAAUAUUUAAGUUCCCUGUUUAAGAAAUAGGAAGUAUACGAAUCUUCUUUCAUUUCAUGGAACGACCUGAGACUGCAAUCACGGCUUCAAAUUUUGAAUUGCAGAAUAAUUAGAUGCACUAUCUAGUGUAUAUAAGAUAUCUAUGAGAGAGAUGCUUGGGACAUGAGAAUUUAUAUAAUCUUUGUAAAAACAUAUUUACCUAUUGAGUGGCAGUAAGUCUCCCCUUGAUGAAUAAAAUUGUCUGGUGUUAGACAGAGCAAAAUAAUAAAAUAGGCAAUCAGGGUGCAUUGCCACUUAAUUAAAGGACUAAUAUUCAUCAUGUUUCAUGGCUCAAUGCAUGCUUUUACAUUUUGUAAUAUUCUCCUUUUCCAGAUAUAUUUAGGACACUUCAGUCGGCACAGAUGUUUAUGACUGGUCUAUUCCCACCUUCACAACCUGUUGAAGGACGAUCUGGUAUUAUGGAUAUCAACACCAUGGAUGCAACAUAUGAAAAUAUGUACCCUAACUCAAAGUAAGAUACUUGGGUGUGGUGUUUGCAAGCUCUGAACACUAUACCUUUAUAAUCUGUCUGAGUAUGCCCAAAGGUGCAGACGCAAUAAGUGCCAAUAACAAAAAAGCUUCAAAUUGAUAGGGAUGCAACCAGAGGCGUAGCCAGGAUUUUUGGUCAGGGGGGGGCAGCAAAAACCCAGGUGGGGCCAAGCUGCCAGUGACUCUAGAUGCAAAGUUUGCGCAAGGCAUUCUGUGUAGUGCUGGGUAAAAUUAAUUGUCGACACAUGUGAUUUUUCGCCGAGCCCGUGUUAAAAAUUCACUGGUAAAAAAAACUUUGUCAGCAAAAUUUUGCCGGGGGCGGGCCCCCCGGCCCCAGCCCUGGCUACGCCUCUGGAUACAACUACCUGAAAAAUACAAGGAGAGACUUCAAUGUUUCAAGUGAAGUCUCUUCAUUGGGAAGUUUGUAGAAAAAUACAAGUGAGAACUUCAAUGUUUUGAGUGAAGGUCAGGAAGUUAGUAGGAAUUAGUAGCGAAGCUUUCUGUUUUCCACUUUAAUGGUUUAACCUCAUUGAAAUAUUGUACUGUACCGAUUUUGUUAUUUUUGUGAAUGUCAUUAGUUUUGCUCUAGUGCUCCAAAAAGAAAUAAUUCUUCACUGUCCAUACAUUUGGAACACUAAAGACAGAAAACAAAACACAAAAUCUUUUUUAUUGCCUCAUAGUAAUUUAAGGUGGCUCAAUACAGUUUUUAAAAUAUGACAAAAUCGUCAUUUCUGUGAACAAUUUUCAACUCUUAGAAGAUUGUUCAAUCUAUGUGGUGCAAUUUUUGUCUUCUAGCAAGAAACCUCUCUUCAAAAAAUUAAAUCUAAAUCACAAUUUUAUCAUAUUUCAAAAACUGUAUUGAGCCACCUUAAGCAAAUUUGCAAAUAUUUUUAAGUGUUUCAACAUUCAAUAAAAAGAAUACCAGUGUUUUAUAGCAAUCAACUCCCACCCUUCUGCUGAAUUUUUGACUGACUAGUCACUAUGAAAACAUACACUGUAGUAAUAAUAUAAAAUAUAGGGCAGCUUGAAAUACAAGUGCAAACUUUCCUGCCGUUUUGCAAAGAGCAAGAUUAAAUGAUAAAUUAUAAAUAUUAUUGACCAUUUUCGUUUCAGAUUGUGCCCAAAGAGUGAAGAGUAUCUAUUAGCAUAUUUCAAAUCAGCAGAUUUUCUUGAUCAUUACCAAUCAGUUAGUGUACAGUUGGUGAAAGAUCUUCAAACUGCUUUGGAUGACGAUACGUUCGGUAAGUAUCUGCCAGUACUAGAAAACUAUAACUUUUAUCAUUCUGUCAUUAUAGUAUUAUACUAAAUAUAAUUUUCUCCAAAUUCCAUCGUUUUGUACCUCUUGACUAGCUUACAACGGUAUAUUCCAACUGUUUGACUGUCUCAAUGUGUUCAAGUGCCACGAGGUUGCAAUACCACCAGGUAUUACACAAGAGUUAUACCAGAGAGUUACAGAUGAAGUGACAUAUGUCUUCAAUCGCAUGUACGCCUAUCCCAGCAUGCAAGAGGCUGCGAAGGUUGGAAUUGGAUUUUUCGUCAAAGAAAUGUUCAAGGUAUGAUUGAAUACCAUCAUUUUCGUAUAGUACUGUUAUUUGCAAGGAUGAACAGUUGCCAAAUAUUAAAGGAAUACCGAAUGGUUUUCCGUGCAGGAUUGUGUGAUCCAUGCACGAGGGAUGUCGCAAGACUUUCGGAAAGCGUAAAAAUACUCGAGCUACAGGCGAGUGUACUUUUACCAAGUGCAUGGAUCACGCUAUUCUACUUGGAAAACCAUUUGGUAAUUGUUUUAUAAAAUAACUAUAGUGAAACAAUGACAUUUUGAUAAUCCGGCGAAAAUCACGCGAAUGCAUUUUAAUUCCUCGUGCAGAAUAGCCUAAUCCUGCACGGCUAUUGACCAAUCAAAUUGCGUGUUUCACUGUAGUUAUUAUAUAAUUUCUCUUCUUACAUAAAACUUAGAUAUAUUUGUAAGGUUGAUUAAUUUAAAACCUGAAGUGCUCUUCACAAAAGUGAAAAUUUCAGAAAAUUACAGACGAUCUUCUUAUCUUCGACGGUACCAAUAUAAUAUGCUUGUGAUGUUACUCUGAGUGUGUAUCCACACCGGGCAGGCUUGAAAAAUAUGCCCGGCCACGGUGGGAAUCGAAACUCAGUACCUUUCUUACGAUGGUCUAAAUAGAUCUUGUAGUUCGUUCUUGACAACUGGAUUCUGUAUCUCUGCACAUAUGUCCAGAGGGUGCCGCACCGAUUGCAGAACCACAAGUUCGAUGGUCUAUAGUUGCAUUUUUAGUAAUCCGAUGAUGUGCAAAACAUGUAUAUACAAUUUUUGCUCGAAAUUUUCAUGUACUAGAAACUUUUCAACAAUGAUUCGAAACUGUUUAUUGUAUAGGAAGUAGCUGACAUGAUGGAUAAUGAAUCCAAACUCAAGUUCAUUCUGUAUUCUGGCCACGAUACAACACGUAAGUAUUUAUUUGAUAAUUGAACGUUUUGUGACGUGACUGGAUAUAUCUACAGUAUAUAUAACCUAUCCAAACGGUUGAUUUACAGUACGUCAUUGUAAUUAUAAAUUGUGGGGUUAAUGAAUACUGGCUAACUCUAGAAACACGUGAAGCUAUAGCUAAGAUUUCAUUACUAACUGAUCCAAAAUCAUGAUAGAUGUGGACUGCAAGGGCGGAUUUUCAUUUUUUUAAAAGGAGGGUGGAAAAAUUUCUAGUCUGGUGCAAGCGGCACUACUGAGCGAGCUUCGACAGGAGUUAGGCGUUAGGGUUAACGACUUUCAUACAAAAUAGGAGGGGUGAAGUGACGUUUUGGUGGGGUUGAACACUUUAUAAGAGGGGUUAGUGAGAUUCUAGGGGGGGGGUUUAACCCCCCCCCCCAGUAAAUCCGCCCAUGGUGGACUGUGAAGUUAGUUAUCCGAGACCUGUCCUUGAGUUGUGAACUAUAUUUUUACAAAAGAGUUUGAGCCACAAUUUUCAUAACUGCUUCACAUGCCUUUCGGCAUUGCUUCACAAGAAAUAAUCUAGAAGUUCAUUUUCUUUUCGUUUUUCUGCAAAAUGGCGUUACUAUAGGCAUGAUCAUAGCUAACUCCAGAAUCUUUUGUAUGAUAUUAAACUAUAACUACCUUGAUAUCUGAGCCUUGAGUUACUAUAAUUAUAAACUCUGCUAUUUAAUUUAAAAGAGUUGAUUCGCCCACAAAAAUUCCUCAAAACCUCGUCGGCAUAGCCUCGCUUCAUUUUAAGAUUGAUUGGUCAACCACUCAACCUUAAUCCAGGAUCUUUUUUCCCAUCGCACUCCUGCACGUUCCAUUCAGAUCCUUCUUUAUCCCUCUCUGGAGAUCUCCAGAGUGCGACAGAGAGCCUGGAUACGAGAGUGAGUAUUGAUCACCUUUGAAAAAUAAUCUACAGCUAUUUUACUUUACGAUUUUCGCGACUUUUUUUUCGUUAGUCAUGCCUUUACAGUUGGCGUUUAACAUCAGUGAUGGAGUAUGGCCACCGUACGCUUCGCAGAUGAUUUUUGAAAUUUACCAAAUGUCGGACAACUCGUUUUACCUGCGCAUUUUGUACAAUGGCAAGGUGCAAAAGAUGCCGUUCUGUAACAACAAAGAAAUGUGCGACAUGGAUACAGUGGAAAAGCAUUUGGCUACCAUCGAACCUGAGAGCGUGGAGAAAAAUUGUCAAACGAGCAUGAAAGUCUAGGUGAAAAGCUAUGGGGAAAAAUAUUAAGCCUACGGAUAAAAGAGUGUGAAGUCCAUGGGAGCAAUAAAUUUAGAAUAAAUAAUAUAAAAGACUAAGUGAAAUUAUAAAAACAAUAUGGCAAAAGAAGAAUUAAUAUAUAAGAAUAAUUAUAAAUUAAAAAAAUAGUAGAAUUUUAUAUAUGAAAAAAGAAUAUUAAUUAAUAUAAAAUUGGAAAAAUUAUUGGGGUUAAUUAAUUUAAACAAUUGGGAAUAAAAUUAUCAUCCGCACUUCUCGUUGUCUCUUAAUUAAUUCCGCUGCCUUGAAGUGGAAAAGAGGAUCGCUUUCGCCAUUUUCAAGGUUAACCACCAAGAUCCGUGCACACACUCGAUCUAUGCCUUGAGCGAAAAAAAAUGGGC